GUUUCUGGAGUUUGGACUGACGGCUAAUGUCACGGUAAAUCUCCGGAAACGUCCAGAAUUACAAACCCAUGUACUACUAUAUUAGACACGGUACCUUUCCUUCUUUUCUCCUACAACUUGGUAAAAAUUUCUCAGUUUAGAAAGCACACAAAACCAAAAAAAAAACAGAGAUUGCAAAAGCGGUAUCUGAAAGAAAUGGCGACAACUUCGGAAAAGCCAGUAAUGCUAGUGGGAAUAGAUGAGAGUGAAGAAAGCUUUUAUGCUUUAGAAUGGACACUUGAUCAUCUCUUCACACCUUGUGCUCCUAAUUUCCCUUUUAAACUCUUUCUUGUUUAUGCUAAACCUCCUCCUACUUCUUCUAUUGGUCUCACUGGUCCUGGAGCUGCUGAAGUUGUCUCUUUAGUGGAGGCUGAUCUGAAAAAAGCAACUACCAGGCUCAUAGAGAAAGCUAAAGAUUUGUGCCACUCUAAACUGGUUCAUGACGUCGCUGUGAAAGUUGUUGAAGGAGAUGCUAGGAAUGCUCUUUGUGAGGCUGUUGAAAAGCACCAUGCUUCUAUGUUGGUUAUGGGUAGUCAUGGUUAUGGAGCUAUUAAGAGGUAAACCGUUACAUGCGUAAAGAUUGAUAGAAACAUGCAAUAAUAUGAGCUGAAAUGUGAGUUUUUGGUUGGGAGACAACAACUAUCAUGCAAGUAGAAAUGUACAUCUCCAUGCUUUUUUGGUUAAACUGAUAGCUAAUAAGGGUAAUUCUAUA